AAGAAGCCAUCUAUUUGUUGGAGUGCAGUUAGAUUACGUGGCGACUUGAAGAACCCAUCUAUUUGUUGGAGUGCAGUUAGAUUACAGUUAUCUUUCAAUUUCGGAUAAGAAGCAGCAAGGCAGAGAAAUAAAUUAACCCACUCCUAGUCGUUUGUGAGAAAAAGAUCAUCACCCAAAGAGUCAUGAUGAUUCCUCUGUGUACCACGUCAUAAUCCUGAGACGAGGCAAACAUGACGGAAAAAAGGAACGAGACCUGGGAUGUGAAUGCGACGCAUGCGUGGCUCUCCUGGGCGCCAAUACUCGGAUCAACAAGCGAGACAUAUAAUGAGAGCGUUCGUAUCGCCACCACCACUGCAGUAGCAGAGAGUUACGGAUACUCACCAGGGAUGGAUGUGAAACCCAACUUUCCGACAGGGGGUGAGAGCAAUAUAGAAAAUAUAAUGGACCCUACAUCAGGUCCUCCAGGGAUGACGGAAAUGUCCCUUAUAAAGACAGUGAUCCUAUCCAUCAUGUUUUUGUUUUCAUUAGUUGGAAAUGUGGCAACUAUAGUCCAGAUGAACCGAAACAGGGCCAAGCAUAGUACUAUUCAUACUUUGAUAUUACAACUGGCGACAGCGGAUUUAAUAGUGACUUUCUUCUGCACGGCGUGUGAGGCUAUUUGGUCAUCAACGAUUCAAUGGUACGCCGGAAACUUCAUGUGUAAAGGGGUGAAGUUUUUACAAGUGUUUGGAUUAUACUUGUCUACUUAUAUCAUUGUGAUUAUCAGCGUUGAUCGAUGUUGUGCCAUUCUGGACCCGAUGAGUAGGAACCGUGCCCCGAGGAGAGUCAAAAUCAUGAUCAUAGUAGCAUGGACACUCAGUGCUCUAUUAAGUUCACCUCAGGCCAUCAUGUUCAGCCUUCAGCGAGGACCCUUCAAAGAAGACUUCUUCCAAUGUGUUAACUUUGACUUCUACCACGCUCUAUGGCAAGAGCAGCUCUACUUCCUUGCCACGCUACUCCUACUUUUCGUCAUUCCACUUAUGAUCAUGAUCACAUGUUACGCGCUCAUAUUCUGCACAAUAUCACGCAAAUCAAGGGACUUCGAAUCUGAGACCAACAGCACCGAGGACAUGUUACAUGGUAAAGUCCGUAGCAAGCUACUCCACAAAGCUAAGACUAAGUCUCUUAAGAUGACCGCUGUUAUAGUAGCGGUGUUUGUUCUCUGUUGGUCGCCGUAUUACAUCGUUUAUGCCGUCUAUACGUUCGUGAAAGACCGUGGCCAACUGACACAGCACCUCAGCUUGUAUAUCUUCUCAUCUGGCAUGUCAAACUCUGUGGUUAACCCGAUCAUCUAUGGGGCAUUCCACAUGUGCCGAGCAAGGAAACGAAGAGAAUAUUCAGCUACACCAUUCAUGCGGGGCAAAGCACCGAAUUCCCGCGGUUCCACGCUUACUGAAAAACAUAGCAUUGAGGUGAAACCUAUACGAAAGAAGCCCAGUAUAACGGGAAGUACGUUUGUCUAUAUGGAGAAUGGUAACCCCGAACCCAGUCCAUCGAGUAACUCGAACUCGACCACACCGCGGAGGCAACUCCUUGUGACUUAUAUCAUUACAGACACCUGACCACGAAUACAUACCUUGUGGAAACGGUUUAAAUCACGACGUGCCAGGCCUACGACUUGCAAUAUCGAGGAUGACACAAACUUAGGGGAAGAAAAUCAAAUGGAAAUGGAUAUAGAAAGUUAAGGAAAGAAUUGACGAAGACGCUAGGCUCUGGGGCGCUUUGGGAAGAUGAGGCACUUCACAGUGCACAUGCUUGGUGAAUGCACGCCGAUGCCCAUUGACAUACAUAUACCUCGCAUACUAUGUGCAACAAUAUGAACUGUAUACAUAAUAAUUUUGUCCGUAAUUUUCGUAUCUUCUAAAACUAUUAACCUCAGUCAUGUCCGUGUCAUGCAGAUGUGAACCUCAGUCAUGUCCGUGUCAUGCAGAUGUGAACCUCAGUCAUGUCCGUGUCAUGCAGAUGUGAACCUCAGUCAUGUCCGUGUCAUGCAGAUGUGAACCUCAGUCAUGUCCGUGUCAUGCAGAUGACCUCAGUCAUGUCCGUGUCAUGCAGAUGUGUACGAUUUGAAGGAUAGUAUGGUUUUAUAAGAAAGUGAUUCUUCAAAUAUGUGAAUAUCUACAAAUGUCAAAGCUUUUAUCAAUGUAGGACCUGCUUCUUGCAGUAGCUGAAGGAGGAUCAUGGCAGCGGCGCCAGUCCGUUUUUUGUUGAUAGCUGUAUUCUCUAAGACCAUCUUCAAGUGUACAUAAAACCCAAACCUUUAUUUUGCUUACCAUCUCACGAGUUGGGGUGUGGAGUAUUUCAUAGAAGGUAUCUUCCUUAACUGGACAGUCAUAAAGCAACUGAAACCAGGAUGAGACCGCUCCUGUAGUUUGAUAAAUGAUGGUCAUGGUGAUGAACCAUAAUUUCAUCAUUCAGUCAGCCACCUGGGAUAUCACGAUCAAAAUUGGAAAGUUUUUACUGAUAUCAUAACUGUCACUACGCAGUCGAACAUAUGGGAUAUUGGUGUCCAAUCAAUUAGCAGGUUAUUUACCUUGUCAACUGAUUUUGCGUGGGAUUCAAUACGAGUAUAGCAGAAAUCACGCAUUUAAUCUCCAGUGGUCGGAUCUUCAAACAGGAAUAUAUGAUGAGAUUAUCGCUGCUAUUGUAGUGAGGCUAGCGAGGGCGAGUUGAAAUAAAUCGUAUUCCUGUGGGUGGAGUGCGAAAGAAUGGCAAAUCAAAACACGUCUCGUCUACACAGAUACUGGCGGCCAACUGUUUUAGGAAUUGCCGAACCUUUAUUCACAUAUGAAUGUUGGAUGAAAGUAAGCUAACGUGUCUUAUUCUAGACAAAUGUGGACACUUCUGCCUUCUGUUGUGGACGGAUGCUGGUGCACUUUAAUGUUGCAUUAAGUCUUACUUUCGCACAAUACAUGAUAAAUAGCAAUAUCGAAACGGACUAAGAGGCGAUCACAGACGCUAUUCAAAGGAUAGCAGAUGUAAUUUCGACCAUCUACAUAUAAAGUGUACUUGGCUGAGGAUAGUAUUUCAGGCUUAACAAGUAAUUCCCAUUCGUUUUGUAAAAAGUGCCUUUCGUUGUCAAAAUAAAUGUUUAGCUGAUGAGGUUGGCUGGUCGUUUUAGCGCUGUUCUACAUAUUUUAGGCUAGUUGGGUCAGGUGACAAGGGCAGACCAGGCUACCAGGGGAUGUGUAGGUAAGUUACCAACCUUAUAGUAGGCUUGGACAUGGCGAGGACAUUAUAUCGUGAAACAUGCGAUUUACUCGCUUAAUUCUUUGACGUAUCGAGUUGAAAAUGCUGAUGUUAGUCUCGACUCCUCAAAAGAGUUAAAGCAGUUCAAUUCUUUGUCAUUCGCCAUCUAAAAUAGCGAAUGAACUCGAUUUCUGCCAUUUGUCAACAUUCCCGACGAAUCAUUCCAUAAGAAUGAACGACUGCCAAUAUAUUGAAGAAGGCUAUAAGAUCGGGACGCAGGACCGAACUAUGUAUCAACAACAUUUGUUGGUAUUUUGUACAAAAAGAUAUAUAAAGUAAGAUACUUUGAUUAUUUGUUAUCAUUGGUGACAUCUGUUAAUGAUUGUUGAACACUUCACUGUCGUUUCUCUGUUUGGCGCAAAUGAGAUUUUAAUCGAACGGGUUCAAUAAAGUUUGAUGUUUGAUUCA